AUGCAUAUUUUUCUACUUGUAUUUUUUCUGUCCACAUUUCUGCCACGUUUUUCGUCAGCCGAUUUGUGUCAAAAUGAAGUUUGUCAAAAUGGUGGAACUUGUGUGAUUGCGAGUAGUGAGUUCAAUAUUUUUUCCUAUAAAUAGAAAAUGUCCAAGCAGAAAAAGAAGGAAAAAUCGGAAAUUGAUGGUUUUUGAAUUGUUUUGUUGUUAUUAAUAACAACAAAUAACGUUAUUUAUGAAACUUGAUUUGUCAUAUGGGUCAAAAUAUGAUUUGAUCGGUUAGAAAAAUCAUUUAUUAGAAACAAAAGAAAACUAACCCAAAAAAUUUUAAUUCCAACUGAUUGAGGGUUUUUGAAACAGUAAUUUUUUUUUGAAUAUUUAAUUUGAUUUUGGUGAGGGAGAAUCAAUGCUAGGAGGAACAAUAAAAAUACUUACAAUAGAGAGUUGAAUAAUUUUUGAAACGGUGAAUUUUUGAGAAAAAAGUUACCAUUUUUUGAAAAUAGUUAUGAUGUGGCAAACUGGUAGUUUUGAUGGUUUUAAUUUUUGAAAUUAAAAGUACGCACGAACGAAAAAUCCAAUUCCCAAAAAUUCUUAAAAUAGUAAAUUUACAAAAAAAAAACAAAGGGAAUUUUUUUUUAAAUUUGUCCCUGUUCAAGUUUUAUCUGUUGAAGUUGGUAUUACUUAAACUCACUAUUAGAAAAAAUGUUUAAUGUUAGUUAUGCAAAUUUCGUUCAAUUUUUUGUUUUGCUAGGAAAAAAACAAAACCAAACGUUCUGAACAUUAAAAUAUCUUUAGAAUUUUUUGAAACAGCGAAUUUAUGCGGGAUAAUAUUUUUUAAAGAAAAUUCUACAUGUCUUCAAAUUUCAUAAAUUAACCGGAGAUUUGAAAAAUAUUAUUGUCAAAAAAGAGGAGCAAUAUUUCAAAAACAAUAUUUCAAAAUUCCAAAAUUGCUUCUACAUUUUUUGAAACAGUAGAUUUUCUGGGAGUAAAUUAUUUUUGAAAAUGUGUUCUCUCGCCACAAAAAAAGGCAUGCAUCUCAAAAUUUGGUCAAUUUUUUUAUGGAUCGAAAAAAUUUAAAGCAAUCAGAUUUUUCCAACCUCAAUGAUUUUCUGAUAACUUUGAAACAGUAAAAUUUUCAUGCAAAAAUAAACUCUUCAGAAGCAGAUUCAAAGAAAAUAAGAUAAAUUUGCUUGCAAUUAAACUUUUUUGAAACAGUGAAUUAAAAAAAAAUUCAACAUUUUAUUCGGCUGAUUCUUGGUCUGGCUUCAAAUCAAACAAGAAAAUGUUGUUUGCAAUUAACUUAUUUUUGAAACAGUGAAAAAAAUCAAAUUUGCAGCAUCUCCUGUCACUUCCUCCUGUCCUCAAAAUACACUAUAUUUUAUGGGAUACUGUUAUCAGUUCGACCCAAAUCUUCGAAACUGGAAUGAUGCCGCGCUGUUUUGCAGUAAAAUUUCGAAUUCAGCACUUCCAUCUUUAGAAUCUUCAGAUGACCAGGCAUUUUUUACCGGUUAUUUGACAGCUAUUUUACCCACACAAAAUGGAAUGUGGACAUCGAUUCGAGGAGUGAAUAAUAUAACUAGACCUUCGUGGGUUUCUUAUCCUGGAUCAUAUUUGGUGACUGAUACAUUCUGGGCACCACAAGAACCUAAUGUUUAUUUGGAUUAUUUUGGUGAGUAUGUUUUGAAAUCAUUUCAAGUUAUUCAAACUCAGAGGGAGCCUUUAAAAGUUCACUUUCAGAUUUUUCAUAAACAUUUUCUAUCACAGGCUAUGCCGAUCAGAAUUUUCCUAAAAACAAAACGCUUGUGUAUUUUUUGAAACAGUUAUUUUUUGUUGAAAAAAAACCUCGGAUAAAAAAUUGACGAAAAGCAACAUUUAAAACGUGAAAUGGCGUGUUUAUUUUUAUUUCCAAAAAGAUUUCAUUUCUCAAAAUAUUUUUUUCCAGACGUCUGUGUUUCUUUGGAAGCUCAAACCUAUUAUCGCGAAUGGACUACAGCAUUAUGCACCGAGUUGAAAUACACGGUGUGCAAAAUUUUGCCAAGUUCUUUUAAUGAACAAUAUGUGGGACAAUGUAUUUGUCCGCAAGGAUACGGUGGAAUCAAUUGCGAGAUUGGUAAGUUUUUAAAAACGUUUAAAGAAAAACUUUGGAAGAAAAAAAACACACAAAUUGAAACCACGCGCGCUCCCGUCACCGCGGAGUCUCGUUGUUUUCUUCAUCUUUUUUUUUAAUUUUUAUCGGAUUUUCUCGGAAAUGCAUACCGAGGUCUUUUUUCAAUCAAAAUUUUCCAACAUUAUAUUUUUCAGCUGAUUCACAAGAAUCUUCAUCCUCACAAAGUCAGAAUCAAAAUCAAAAUCAAAUAACUUGCGCCAGACGAGAAUUCCAAUAUACCUGCCCACAAAAUCAAUCAAUAAUAGUUGAUUUCGCUUCAUUUGGUGCCAAAGAAAGAUCAAAUUGUGGCCAACAAACAAGUGGUGUGCAAACAUGCUCAAAUGUUAAUUCUCUUCAAACAGUUAUCAAUUUAUGCCAAGGUCUUCAAAGUUGUCAGAUUCAAAAUUUGACGGACACUUUUAAAAAUACACCGUGUCCUGUGAAUGACGAAUUGUUUUUGGAGACGAGGUUCAGAUGUCAAGAUGGUUAGUUGAAAAUAUUAAUUUUUGAUAAUUAAAAAAAAAAAUUCAAGAAAGUUAGAUUUUUUAAAGAAAAAAUAGACUGUUUCAAAAAUAAUAAAUUUUUUAGAUGGAAAAUGAAUUAUACUCACUUCUUUUUUCAGAAACUCCGAUAAGUUGCCAAAACAAUGAAAUAACAUACAAUGGAAGAUGUUAUAAUCUGCUUCUCGAAACAAACACAAAAAAACAAAAAACGUUCGAACAAUCUCAAGAAUAUUGUGCACAAUCAGGCGGUCAAUUGAUAUCUUCCCUCUCUCCAGAUCUUCAAAAUCAAAUUGCUCGAAAAGCCAGAUCAGCUUCAAAAAAACCAAUAGAUUUCUGGCUGGCAAAUUGCCAACUUCUCGAAAUUUCUUCAUCCGAUAUUUCAACAUCGAACUCAACUUCUUGCACAAAAGAUCAAGCAAAUCCAAUAUGUUCAACAGUUCCGCAAUCAGAAAUUGUGAAAAAUGGACAGCGAACAACACAAAGUGCACCGCCAAAUUCAGUGAAUAAAGAGGAUUCUCAAUCGAGACAGGUUUAUACUGGAACACAACCGUGA